AUGACGAAUAAUCGCGAGUUUUUGUGUAAUCAACAAAAUGCUUCACAUAUGUUUUUAAAGUGUUAUAAAUACGUGGUAUGUCUCAAAGUUUAGUGCAUUUCACGAUUGCAACUUGUGCUUCGAUGGUUUGAGUUAACUUAAAUCGACAACUAUACAGGUACCUAUCGAAGAUUCGUCGACCGUUCGCUACAUAGCAAGUAUAUUAUAUUAUAUGAUAAUAUUUUAUAUCAUAACCGUCAGCUCUUAAAAUGACCAAUCUUUCACCCGUAGUAAUCAAAAAAUCGACAUGGUGGAAGAAGAGGACGAACAUAGAACGGAAUCUUAUUAUCCUCGCCGGUGGAAUGGUAUUUGCAUCAUCGCUCCUAGUUCUAGCUCUGUACAGGGUGUAUUUGAUAAACAGCUGCCAAAAUACUGACAGCCAUACAUUAUUAACUACAAAUAAUGGUUCAAUUCGCAAAUCAAGAAGUCUGUUAGAAAUUAGAGAAAACGAAAAUAAUAAUACAAUUUGUGUCACUCCCGGGUGUGUGAUAGCUGCGGAUUCCAUACUUAAAAAUAUGGAUCUAUCAGUAGAUCCGUGUGAUGAUUUCUAUCAGUUCACAUGCGGUAAUUUUAUAAAAGAUAGUAUUCACGAUAUGAAUGUUAUUACGCAGCUUGAAUUCGCAAUGGCUAGUAGGACGAAUAAAAUAAAAAUGGUCCUCAACGAACGCAUUCAACCAGAUGAACAAAAACCGAUUAAAAUAGUGAAAUCACUGUUUAAAUCUUGUAUGGACAGAGAAAAAAUCGAAGAACAAGGAUUACAACCUUUCGAGAAAAUGUUGAAAAGCUUCGGCGGAUGGCCAGUGCUAGAAGCCGAAUAUUGGAAUGAAACGGGGUUUACGUGGACGGAAAGCAUGUACAAGUUGAGAAUGGCGGGCUAUAGCUCAAACUAUUUCAUGUCUUUUUCAAUCGGCACUGAUUUAAAUAACAGCACGACUCGAUUUAUUAAACUGGAUCGAGCACCCUUGGGUCUUGAUCCAAAGUACCUGGCGAAAGGUCUCUCGAACAAAUUCGGAUAUGCAUACUACAGAUACAUGUUGGAUAUUGCGGAGCUGUUUGGUGUCAGAAGGUUGAAUGCUAUCAAAGAGCUAAAAAAUUCACUGAACUUCGAAGUAGAAUUUGCCAAGAUAUCGCUGUCAGAGGAAGAGCGCCAGAACGCCACUAAGCUGUAUUACCCGAUGAACAUCACCGAUCUACAACAAAAGUUCCCAAGCAUACCAUGGCAAGAGUAUAUGAACAAAAUGUUGAACCCGUUAACCAUACGACAGGAUGAUAUUAUACAUGUAACUUCGCCGAAAUAUUUGUCGGACCUCGAAACUCUGCUAAGUAAUACUCCCAAAAGAGUCCAAGCGAAUUACAUAUUUUGGAGAGCUACCAUGGUUUCCGUCAGAUUUCUGACUGAAAAAAUGAAAUCAAGACAAUUCAAGUAUGAAACCGAGAUAGACAUUGAAACUCAAUCAGAGAGAUCGGACGAAUGCUGGUCUUCGUGUUUAUAUCAUCUUAACGUUGCUACUAUGUCUUUGUACGUUAGACGGUUUUUUGGUGAAAACGCUCAAAAGAAAGUUUCAAAAAUAAUAAACGGUAUCAGGAGGGAAAAUUACAAAAUAUUGUCAACAAUUGAUUGGAUGGACAAUGUAACAAAGGAAAUGGCAAUAGAACAAGCAAAAUCUAUGACUGUUGAAAUUGCAUAUCCUGAAUUAUUAGAUGACAUCAAGUUAAAUGCGUAUUAUGAAAAUCUUGAAGUCCACGAAGAAGACUAUUAUACAUUAGUAUUGAAAUUGAAUAAAUUCAAUAUUGAUAAAAAAUUUUCUAAAUUAAGGCAACAAAUUGCUAACAAAUUAGAUUGGAUUGAUAACUUUAAAGUAUUAUCUACAAUUAUGGACUAUAAUGUUGAUGACAACAGUAUAAACGUUCCCGCUGGUAUCAUGCAAGACACGUUCUUCUCCAACGAUCGUCCUCAAUAUAUGAAUUACGGCGCAAUUGGAACGUUAAUUGGGAAAGAAAUCAACCAUUAUUUGGCUGAGAUCACCAAAACUAACAAUGGGACAGAUAAAGACUUUUGGACGCCGGAUACAGAAAUGGAGUCCAACUAUUUGAAAAAAGGGAUAUGCCUCAUGGAACAGUUUUAUAAUUACACGGAUGUUGAAAUCAUACUCAAGGAUGAUAAUAUCUACAACGCGAUGGACUCUUUAUUCGUCAACAAUGGUGGGCUCAAGGAAGCGUACUACGCGUACAACGCGUGGGCCAAGCAACACGACGUCGAGCCGCGACUGCCCGGAUUACAAGACUACACACCGCAACAGAUGAUCUGGAUGAGCGCCGUCAACGCACAGUGCUUCAAACUCGUAAAUCGAUAUUUCAAUAGCUCUUUCAUCGCCAAAUACCAUUUAAUCAAACAAGGCCAGAUUAUCAGCCCAUUAUUAAACCUGGAUGACUUCAGCAACGACUUCCGGUGUCCGCUGGGAUCCGCCAUGAACCCGGCCGAGAAGUGUCGGGUAUUUUGAGACCGCCCUCUGGCUCCGUACGCGUUACUUUAGUCGUUUUUAAAGUGUACGACAUAGUGACUAUGAGUACUAAUAACUAGACAAUCUACAACAUAACAAAUUAUAAUACAACUACAUAUUAUGUGCACUUUUUUUAAAACUGUGGUUUUUGAAUGCACUGAAAAAUUUAAUGUUACUAUAAAAAUCUUAAUCAGCUCCGAAUCCCAAAAACUGUACACAUUAUAAUCAAAUAAAAUCGUAAACUUGUAGUAGGUUAAAAUCGCACCAACUCCUCAUAUUCAAAUGUAUUGUUGUAAACUAAUAUCACCAAUAAACUAUGGUAGCGGUGGAGUAGUGAUAUUCGGACAGCUGCUUCAACUGCUGUCGAAAAAAAAAUGAUAAGUAGGUACUUACCUUUAUAAGAAAUAAUGAUAUAUACCUACCUAUAUACCUAAUAUUACUCUUAUACUUGAGCUCAAGUACUGUUGUAACCCUAAAAUCAGUUUAUUAUACUUAAAACACAAAGAAAUAUAGCAAUAAAGAUAUCUCAUCGGCAUUUUAUCUUAAA